GUGUCCUUAAAGGCAGCAUAUGGCAGUCCAGAGAGGAUGCAGCCCAGAACAACGGACAAGUACAGCUGUGGGUCCAGACUGACAAAACCCACCUAAAUGGUCUUAAAUUCUGGACUUUCUUAAUCCAGAACCAACCCGCUCUUUACUUUGUUCCGAACCCAACCGGACGAAGACUUCCAAACGUCGCUUUUGGACAAUGGAUUCUCACGUCCUCAACAUCCGCAUGAAUCACAGGCUCCAACCGGGCAUCGGCUUCGGUUCCGGGCCGACAGGGACCCUCCGCUCGUCGUCCCUCCGGCCCGGCGUUACGGUGCCUAUCCCGCCGCUCCUGUCCUCCCCGGCUUCCCUCGCUGUCUCCUCGGGGCCUCCGCCUCCGCCGCCGCCGCUGCAGCUCCACAGCCUCUACGGCGGAGUCGCCGGAGUUGGAGCCGGCCUGGGUCCCUCCGUCCCCGGCCAAUGCAACCCUGGGAACCCGGCGGUGCUGAAGGAGGCGGUGGAGGCUGUGGUCCGCAGCUUUGCCAAACACACUCAGGGCUACGGGAGAGUCAACGUGGUGGAGGCCCUGCAGGAGUUCUGGCAGAUGAAGCUUAGCCGAGGCGCUGACUUACGCAACGGAGCGCUGGUUGUUUACGAAAUGGUGCCGUCCAACAGUCCGCCGUAUAUCUGCUACGUGAGCCUCCCGGGAGGCAGCUGCUUCGGAAGCUUCCAAUUCUGUCCCACCAAGGCUGAAGCCAGGCGCAGCGCAGCCAAGAUCGCCCUCAUGAACUCUGUUUUUAACGAACACCCAUCCCGACGCAUCACAGACGAAUUCAUCGAGAAGAGCGUCAGCGAGGCUUUGGCAUCCUUCAACGGAAAUCGAGAGGAGGCUGACAAUCCAAACACAGGAAUUGGGGCGUUCCGCUUCAUGUUGGAAUCCAACAAAGGAAAAUCAAUGCUGGAGUUUCAGGAGCUGAUGACAGUUUUCCAGCUCCUCCACUGGAACGGAAGCCUGAAAGCCAUGAGGGAACGCCAGUGUUCCCGUCAGGAAGUGCUUGCUCACUACUCCCACCGGGCGCUGGAUGACGACAUGCGCACCCAGAUGGCGGCCGACUGGGUGAACCGGGAGCAGAGUGUAGCCAGCACCAUCGCCCAGGAGCUGGCGUCCACCGAGCGCGAGCUGGAGGAGGCCAGGCUGGCCGGGCGAGAGCUGCGCUUCUACAAGGAGAAGAAGGACAUCCUGAUGUUAGCUGUGGGCCAGCUCAACGCCGCUAACGCCGCCACGCUGCCCGCGCACUAAAAACGCCUCCUGCCGCCAAAAAAGCCACGAUUGCUUGUUACCUUUUUGGUGCCUCGUCAUUACAAAAUGCGCUUUUUUUUCCUUGUCAAAUUGCCGCACCAGCUGGCUGGAGUUUACAUGUUGUCUUGCCUCACAGCUGCUUUUUCAUCUGGGAAUGUGCGAGGCCAUCAAAACUAUUUAGUGCUCAUUUCUGUGUUUUUUAUUAGCGUGGAAGAGAAAUGCGCAGGAUUGUGCAUCAUAAUAUGGGUGUGUGCAUCAGAAUGUACGUUUUCCCAGUCCACCGAAGGACCUAAAAACAUGUUGUUCCAGCAAUUUAGACUGUUGACUUCUCCGGUCACAAGGUUUUUAUUUGACUUGUUUGCUUUGAGCAAGUGCGUCACGUGCGAGUCAAUUAAGUCAACACAACACACGCGGCAGUGUAACAGAGCUGUAGCGCUUCAAUGCUCUAAAUGUGAUGAACCCACAUUUCCUUGCUUGUUUGGACUGUUUUGUUGAAUGAGUUGAUGUGGGCAUGAGUAUUGCUGGUUGAACAGCAGCAGGCUUCAAAGUUGGAUUAAUGCAGAAAUGCAUAUUUUAAAAAAAGAGCAAAAAGCACAGUAAAUGCUCAAUCUUUAUAUGGUGUUUAUAAUGGUGCCUUUACAAACAUGGUAGCAGGCGUACUUGCUUGAAUCCCUUUUCCCCUCCCAUUUCCUUUAAUAAAACCGUGCCACUAUUCAGUUGAAUCCAAUGUUACUGAGGAGCAGCAGUUGAAAUAUGCCUGCAAGUCAUUUGGUCACCAUAGCAAAACGCUUCGAAGUUCAAAUGGCGCCGUGAACAAUAGACCAUUCAUGUGCUGUAAUGCUCACUUUAACCUCAAUUUGGCAGCUCUGUUUAUAUCCCGGGCCUGCCUUUCAUUCCCAUGACUUUACUAUUGUAUGUCUUUUUUUUUUAAACAUAAGCCAUCUUUCUGAGAAAUACAUUCAUGUGUGAUCCUUAUAUUGAGGGCUUUUAACACAAAACAUUUUGCCUUGGGUGCAUAGUAUUUCUAUUACGUCAUCUUAUCCAAACAGUAUUUUGGUGUUUGUAAAGAACGUAUCCAGGUCAUUGUGUGUAUUUUUAUGAGUGUUUUGUAUUCAAUGUUUAUACAUUUAGUAGAUUUAUAUAAUAAAUAAAAU